CUCCGCUCGGCUCCUCCCUUUCUCCCGCACUCGUCGCUCUCGCCCAUGCUCCGAUGCCUGGCAUCCCCGUGCAGGUGGGGUGCGAGCGAGAUCGAGAGUGAGUGUCCAAGUGUCUCGUCUCGCGGAAAGGGAGGACGAAAGCGAGAAAACCCUCGAGGACCACAGUCGUCUCGGUGGCAUGCACGGUGACGGUGCUGACGCGAGGUCGAGGACGGAGGCAACGACGAAGGCCUAGUCGAGUCCUUGCAGUGAAUCGAGUGAUAUGGCAGUGGUCGGGCCCCGUCACACGAGAACGAGUAACUUGAUGGCCUUCCCGGGCCCCGCAGCACCGAACCCGCAGCCUUCGAAUCCGACCGCUGCCGUCCUUGCCGCGAAUCAUCACGGAGGGUCCGCCUCGUAUUUUCACAAUAAUUCCAUGGGGCCACCCGCUUCGUCUUCGAGCAAUUCCUCGUCGGCGGACCUGCAGCCGGAUCGACCCAUCGGCUACGGAGCCUUCGGGGUCGUUUGGUCGGUGACGGACCCGCGCGACGGCCGCCGCGUGGCGCUGAAGAAGAUGCCGAACGCCUUCCAGUCCCUCGUCUCCGCCCGCCGGGUCUUCAGGGAACUCAAGAUGCUCUGCUUCUUCAAGCACGACAACGUGGUGUCGGCCCUGGACCUCCUUCAGCCCCCGCCCAUCGACUUCUUUCAAGAAAUAUACGUGCUGACGGAGCUGAUGCAGAGUGAUCUCCACAAGAUCAUCGUGUCGCCACAGCAUCUCUCCUCGGACCAUGUCAAGGUCUUCCUCUACCAGAUCCUUCGAGGGCUCAAGUACAUCCACUCGGCGCGGAUCCUCCAUCGGGACAUCAAGCCGGGGAACCUGUUGGUGAACAGCAACUGCGUGCUCAAGAUUUGCGACUUCGGGUUGGCGAGGGUGGAGGCGAGGGACACGAGCAUGGCGAUGACUCAGGAGGUGGUGACGCAGUACUACAGGGCGCCGGAGCUGCUCUUGGGGGCCAGGUACUACACGACGGCGGUGGAUAUCUGGUCGGUGGGAUGCAUCUUUGCGGAGCUGCUCGGGAGGAGGAUUCUCUUCCAGGCGCCGACGCCCAUUCAGCAGUUGGAGAUGAUCACAGACCUGUUGGGGACCCCAAACUCAGGAGCGUUGAAGUGGGCCUGCGAAGGAGCCCGAGCCCACAUGCUGCGGCAGCCGCUGAAGCCCCCUGCCCUGAGUGCCCUCUACACGCUCUCACCUCAGGCCUCCCACGAGGCUGUGCACCUCCUCGCCCAGAUGCUAGUCUUCGACCCGGAGCAGAGGAUCUCAUGCGGGGAUGCGCUGGCUCAUCCGUACCUGGACGAGGGGAGGCUGAGGUACCACGCAUGCAUGUGCACGUGCUGUCGGUCCACGCCGUGCGGAGGUCGGCACUAUGCACCUGAGUUUGAGCCCGUCGCCCCCAUGCCAUUUGAUGAUGCUUGGGAGCGUGAUCUCACCUCUCUACCUUCUGUCAAAGAGCGCAUGCACAAGUUCAUCUCCGAGAGGUUGCAGAACGGGAAGGUACCACUUUGCAUCAACCCGCAAUCUGCUGCCUUCAAAAACUUUGCCAGGUCACCCGUGGCAUCCGUGUUUGCAGCUCCACGGUGGCACAUCAGUCGGAACUGCCGCCUUCACCUCACCAGUGGGAAUGACACGAAGCCUCGUCCCUCCAUCUCUCUCAUCUCGUCCAAGGUGGCGUCCGGCGGCGAGGCGGAGCGAAGGAGUCCAUUCAACCAUUUGAACAUGUGUGAUAGACUUCAUCUCAGAAGCGAGGAGCUAGGCAGUCUCAGGAUGAGACCAAAGCUCAGGCACCCCAUUGAUGCGUCCCAGGUCCGUCGUUUGCUCAUUCAUGUCCUUUGCAUUCCCGUGGUGGGGCUCGAUCCCACCGAUCCGUGA